UGUCCUGAAUCGCAAGCCUCCUUUCUGUCAAGGAUAAGUUUUUGGUGGAUGAACAGUUUAAUACGUAGAGGGCACAGAAAGACUUUAACAGAGGCUGAUGUCAACAAUCUGCAUCCCGAUGAAUCAUCUGCUUACAACGUGUCCCGUUUCUUUGCUCAGUGGGAUAAACAGAAAGAAAAGAACAUUGGGGAAAGACAUAAAGUGCAGAAUGAAUACAUCAAUGUAUCGUUUUCCAAUGGACCAAAUGAAUCUCUACCAACUGUUGCUUGUGAUGAGAAGUCACCUCUCUUGACCAGCAACACCAAAGUGACACAAGAGAAGAAGGCGGUAGCUGCCCCAACAAAAACAAUUUCUUUGGUUGUGAUAUUGUGGAAGGCCUUCUGGUUUGACUUAAUACAGUUCCAAGUAUGGAAAGUUGUUAGCGAAUUGCUAAGAUUUGCUAGCCCACUGCUGCUUCGGUAG